AUGCAUCCUCUUCGUUCAUCCAUUCUUUUGGCAGUGAUUGGUGCCAUCAUGAUGUUUGUCAUGUCCCAGGUUCAAGCUCAAUACCAACUCAAUCAAGUCUUUGCUGGACUCACUUGUGGAGGAAAGGCUGUCGUUUCAGUCUACACGACAAGCUCAUCCUGCAAGAAUGUCACUUGCAGCACAGAUGUCUCUGCCUACGUUGGAAGUUUCAGCUCAACCACUGCUUGCUCCUCAACCAUGCGUACCAAACCAGUGGUCGGUGAAUACAUGAUGACUUUCUUUAGAGACAGUGCUUGUUCUGGUACUCCUUCAAGUUCUUCUAUCAUCUCAUUGGAUACAUGUAUUCCAGCUGCUAAUCAAACCUAUGGUUCAGUCAUGUAUAAGGGCUGUAAAAAUAUUGUGACCUACACGGAUAGAAAUUGUCAAACUGAACAAAUGACUGCUCCUAUUGCCAACAUUGAUUGCAUGUCAGGAAUUCAAGUGCAAUGCAGUGGUGCUGCCCAAUUGUUUUUACACAAGGCUAGUAGUAUUUUCAUGAUGAUGAUGAUUGCCGUUUUGAUGGUCUUGUUCAUGUAA